GAGGGAAGGGUGGGAGGCAGGGUGGAGCUGCAUAAGGGGGAAGAAGAAGAAAACACGGGAGGAAGAGGACGGGGAAAUAUAGUGGCUGCAAAUAUUUAUCUUCCAAAGGUUUUUUUUCAUCUGGAUAAGAGGGCAGCUUAUAUCAAGAUGGUGUUUUAUACCUGUGGACCGAAUGAAGCCAUGGUUGUAUCAGGUUUCUGCCGCAGCCCUCCUGUAAUGAUUGCUGGUGGCCGGGUGUUUGUCCUGCCCUGUGUACAGCAGAUUCAGAGGAUCUCCCUGAAUACGCUGACGCUGAAUGUGAAGAGUGAGAAGGUCUAUACACGACAUGGAGUCCCUAUCUCCGUUACUGGCAUUGCUCAGGUAAAAAUUCAGGGCCAGAAUAAGGAGAUGCUGGCAGCUGCUUGCCAGAUGUUCCUUGGUAAAACUGAAAAUGAGGUGGCGCACAUUGCCCUCGAGACCUUGGAGGGUCACCAGCGUGCCAUCAUGGCUCACAUGACGGUGGAGGAGAUCUACAAGGACCGGCAGAAGUUUUCAGAGCAGGUUUUCAAAGUGGCCUCUUCUGACCUAGUGAAUAUGGGGAUCAGUGUUGUGAGCUACACCUUGAAGGACAUCCAUGAUGAUCAGGAUUACCUGCACUCCCUGGGUAAAGCCAGGACAGCUCAGGUGCAGAAGGAUGCAAGGAUUGGCGAGGCCGUGGCCAAGAGAGAUGCUGGGAUUAAGGAGGCAGAGGCCCUACAGAUGAAAGUGUCCGCUCAGUACAUCAAUGAAAUAGAUAUGGCAAAAGCUCAGAGAGACUUUGAGCUGAAGAAGGCCACGUACGACCUGGAGGUGAACACCAGGAAGGCAGAGAGCGACUUGGCCUAUCAGUUACAGGUAGCCAAGACAAAGCAAAAGAUAGAGGAGCAGAAGGUCCAAGUUCAGGUGGUGGAGAGGGGCCAGCAGGUCAUGCUACAGGAUCAAGAAAUUAGCCGUAGGGAGAAAGAACUAGAGGCCAGAAUCAAGAAGCCGGCAGAUGCAGAACGCUACCGACUGGAGAAGCUUGCUGAGGCGGAGAGAAUGAAGCUCAUCACUGCAGCUGAGGCAGAAGCAGAGUCCAUCAGGGUAAGGGGAGAAGCUGAGGCGUACGCAGUUGAAGUCCGAGCUCGCGCUGAUGCAGAGCAGAUGGCCAAAAAGGCGGAGGCCUUCGAGCAGUACCAGGAAGCCGCAAUAGUGGACAUGUUGCUGCAAAAGCUGCCUGAGAUUGCAGAGGAGAUUAGCAAGCCUCUAACCCAGGUGAAGAAGAUAAAAAUGGUGUCCAGCGGUGGGAACGAGGUUGGAGCCGCCAGGAUCACAGGAGAAGUUCUGGAUAUCCUUGGCCGCCUUCCAGAUACGCUGGAGAAGCUGACUGGCAUUAGUAUCAAUCAGGCUAUACAGAAGAAGCCUGGGCGAAUGUCAUAAUUUCCGAGUUUCUCCACCUCCAUCUGCCUGUCGUAUCCUCCUUCUCUUCCUGGAGCAUCUGUGUAGUUCCCUUGUCCACCAAGUCAGUCUCCGUGUGUUAUGACUGUACCCGGAGACUGUUCUCCGCAGCUGAAUUACAUGAUUUGGAGAUUGCCUUACGGAGCAACAUGAAGCCUUGUUCCAGAUCAUUUCAAGAUUAAAACACAUGUUAAUUGUAACGUUCUAUCAGGUGCGUUCAUCACUCUGUUAGUGUCACAUGCAGUAUCACCUUUGAAUUUUCUCUUGAGAGUUAUUCUUAAAAUGUUACAUAUUUACACACAGGAUUUUUUUUUUGUUUUUCGUUUUAUCUAAUAUUGUGGUAGGAAUGUUUAUAACUACAUUUUAGAUUUAGCAAACUGCAUAUCGCUCUGUGUUUUAUUGUUUUUUAGAAAUUAUAUGUUACCAUGAAAUGGAGAGAAAAGAAGUUUGCCACGCGUUUCACCAUUAACCUAUGCAAACUCUUUAUGGUUACAGUUACAAAUUUAAAAAUGGUCAAGUACCUUAUGUGCAUUGAUAGUACCAGUAAUGCCUAACUGGGCUGAAUGGAUUCAGCGUCUUCAACUCCACUUUUUCCUUGACAUUACAUGAUCCCUUGUUAUACAAGUCUCUUUUAUUACUAUUUACAGAUUAUUAUUUGUACUGUACUCGUCAGCAUAAGGCCUAUUUAUUCUUUGGUGCCAUAGGAAGCAUGCAUUUAGCCAAGUCACCCAGCAGAGGGCAGUGCAGAGGAAACCUUUUUUAGGACUACCCUCCUUGUAAGCGGCACUAGAUCCAUGUAAACCAUCUAAUAGAGGUAAAGUGAGUGUAAUGUCAUUCAUAUGUUGGCAAGAGAAGAAUAAUCUGGCACUUUUAUGCCUAUAUGCUGCCAUAUGUAAGCCCUUUCCCAUAAAAAGUCUUGGGGAGGGGAAAAAACCCAAAGAAAAGUAACUUCCUACUGCAGCGAUGGUCAACGUGUGGCAUGUCAGCUGCUGUGGAACUACACUUCCCAGCAUGCUCUGCCAGUUUUACUGUUAGUGCAUGCUGAAACUGUGGCAGGGCAUGCUGGGAGGUAUAGAUCCACAGCAGCACGUUGCCUACCCCUGUCCCGACUGCAUGAUAACUAGGUGGAAAAUGGCUUGGUCAGGAAGUGGUUAAACACUCCAUUAAUAAAUAGGGUCAUACUUGUCGCCCUGCAGUGAUAGCAGUUUGGAUAAUACGUAGUGUGACAUAAAUACAAAGACUCGUAUGGUCAUGUACAUUGAGUGCUAGAGAUACCGUGGCCUCUGACCCGCUGUGCCCAGGUUUCUUGUUGCAACGCUUGGGACCCGCAGAUGGCUCUGCUUGCUUAGUGGCCUCUGUACAAAACAAUGCUGUGAAGGAUAGCGGAUCAGGACCCCCCCCCCCCCCUCUUAUAAUGUAACCACUGAUUCCUUUGUGUGUGCCCUAUAUACCCACUGUAUGCCAACCUCAAUAUGGCUAUUCUUAACCCAGCUUGCACCGUGGUAGCAAGUGUAUGCCAGUCCUAAGAUGGCCUGUGAAUGUUUCCAUGUUUAUAGAUAUCUAUGUAUCCUAUUGUGUUUUUAAACUAUUAUUUUCAAGUCACACAUAUAAACUUAUAACUGUGAAUGUCGUGCCUGUAGAUGAUAAAUGCCUCUAUCACAAUUUAUUGUCUUUAUGGAUGAAUAAACCUAUUAUACAACUUA